GCAUUGCAUUCUGGGGUAUGUGAGAUUUCUCACGUGGUGUACAGUUGUUAUGAGGUCAAUUGCAAUACCCAGCAUGAAAAAGCGAACAGAUAAACCGUGGUAAAUGCGAAUCUGUUGCGUUUUCUGAAGUGUCAUAUUAUAACUCGUGUUGCAGCGGUGGAAAGGUUGUUUACGCUCUUCACUGCCGCUUCCUUUCAUUAUCACAAGGAUACCUCAGAAACACGGAAGGCAUAUUUUCUUGGAUCAAAACUUUUGCUACUUCAAAGUGGACGUAAUUGUAUUUUGUUUUGUAUGAUUCUUCAAUGAAGGAAUGAAAAUUCCACUUCAGACUUUCCUGUACUGUUUCCCUGCAUGUCGUCCAUUGAAGUCUUGGUUAGCAAAAAGGCUCUAUCACAUUUCCUCAUCAACUAUGGCAUCUUACAAACAUAAGAAUGCAAAACGUAUAGAGGGGAUUGACAAGAAUAUAUGGAUUCAGUUUACAUCUGUGGCUGCUGAUCCUUCGAUUGUGAAUCUUGGCCAGGGUUUUCCAGAUAUUCCUCCCCCAGAUUAUAUUAAGGAAGCCUUGGCUAAGGCUGCAUCAGUUGACCGUCUCAAUCAGUACACUCGUAGCUUUGGUCAUCCCUCUUUGGUUAAAGCACUUGCCCAGUUAUAUGGUAAAGUAUGUAAUCGUGAAAUUGAUCCACAGAAAGAAAUUCUGGUGUCCACUGGAGCUUAUGGCUGUUUAUUUAGCACAAUACAAGGGCUAAUUGAAGAAGGAGACGAAGUGAUAAUUAUUGAACCAUUUUAUGAUUGUUAUGUUCCAAUGAUUAAAAUGGCAGGUGCUCACCCAGUCCUGAUUCCUUUGACACUUAAAAGGACAAAAGAUGACAGCAUCUCUAGUGCUCACUGGGUACUGGAUCCAGAGGAACUAGCAAGUAAAUUUAGCUCAAGGACUAAAGCCAUAAUAAUUAACAAUCCAAACAACCCAUUAGGAAAGGUCUUUACCAAGGAAGAACUUCAGGAAAUUGCUGACUUAUGCAUUAAACAUGAUACUUUGUGCAUCAGUGAUGAAGUUUAUGAAUGGCUGGUAUACAACGGGAGAAAACAUACAAAAAUUGGUAUGCUUUCAGGAAUGUGGGAUAGAACAAUAACAAUAGGAAGUGCAGGAAAGACAUUUGGUGUAACAGGUUGGAAGCUUGGUUGGGCAAUUGGACCUGAGCAUUUAAUGAAACAUCUUCAAACUGUUCACCAGAAUGCCCUUUAUACUUGUCCAACUCCUUUACAGGAAGCAGUGGCCCAAGGUAUUUGGCGGGAAUUGUCUCUCCUAAAUCAACCAGAAUGUUACUUCAAUUGCCUUGCCAAAUUGCUUGAAGAAAAAAGAGAUCAAAUGGCUAGAUUUGUCCUAGCAGCAGGAAUGAAACCAAUUAUUCCUGAAGGGGGUUACUUCAUGGUUAUAGAUGUUUCAGGACUAAACCAGGAUCUGUCACACAUGCAAGAUGAUGAGCCUUAUGAUUAUAAAUUUGUACAAUGGAUGACUAAAGAAAAGAAACUUGCAGCUAUUCCAGUCUCUGCCUUUACUGGGGAAAAAUCCAAAAACAUUUUUGAAAAAUACAUACGUUUUUGUUUUAUCAAGCAAGACAGUACUCUACAAGCAGCUGAAGAAAUUUUGAAAAACUGGAAUAAAAUUUCUCAUUAGUGUUUCCAUUUUACAACUGUAUCGUUUAAAGUAGAAAUAAUAUUUUAUGCAUAAUAUGCUUCAUACUUAAGACAUAAAUAGUUACAAAUGAAAUUUUAAAUGUAAUAUUAAUUUGAAUUGGUAUUAAAACUUCCUAUACCAAAUGUUGAGCCUUUGCAAUAUUUUUGUAAUAGUUUUAAUUUUUUUUUUAAAUAUUACUGAAAAAGCAGUUAAAACUAUGAGCAAUCACACAUAUGCACAGUAAAUUGUUACUUUAACAUUGAUUACAUCAAACAUAAAUACUGGACAUUUCUCCUGCUGUGCUGAUUGUUCUUUUAUGUUUUGUGUGUGUUUUUUUUUUCUUAUUAUUUCUUGGCUCUGUCUCAUGCUGUGUAUGACAUCUGUUUGUUUCAGUGUUUUUUUUAAUAAUCAUCUAUAUGUGUUAUUAUUAUGAAUUAAACUUUCCAAGUUAUAUCUGUGGUAAAUACUUGUACUUUGUUUCCUGUACAAUGCACUUGCAGCUCAGUAUUACAUGAAAAGAAAUAUGAUAAAACACAAUCUACACAAGUAAAGUAAGUGUGUAAAAAUAGCAGCCAGAGUAGUAAUGCUUAAAUGUAAUUUUUAUGCCCAAUUGCAGUCAGUCAGCACAGUCCUCCUUAAAUGACCUCCUUAAAUUAUUGAUGUAAAUUCUGGUUCUGCAUAUAGUGCAGUAAUUGAACAAGUAGUGAAAUCUUAAUGCAUUUAAGAAGAAACAGGUACUAGAAAUAAGAAACAAAUUUGGCUUUCACUAGUUUGCCACAGUUCCUGAUGCUAGAGAAAAGUAACAUUAAAUUGUGGCUUGAAUAAAAACCUGUGGAUAUUACAGUAAUCCAGGAACUGACUGUAGUCACGGUAUCAUAGGCUACAUAAUUGGAUAAGAAAAUGGUGACAGUUUAGUCAAAUAAAGAUUUCUAAUCUGUUGAUCACCUGACUGCUUCCCAUCUUUUUACUGUGCAAAGGCACAUUAAAAGCAUGAUUCAAAUCUAUUCCAAUCAAGCACCUAGGUGACCAUCAUAUUAGAUAAAGCUGUGGCAAAAAAGAUUAAUAUUCUUGUGACAGGCAGUGACAUAAGGAACUUAUAUUCUGAGUAGUGAUAACUGGACACCUAAGGGUUGCUAAGGACACAUGUACCCAUAUUCAUUUUACCAUUGAUAAUUUUAGAGGCAAAUAUAAAGGAAAUAGUUUCUCACUGGUGAUAAUGAGGGUGAAAGUGAAUGUCCCAACAGAUCAGCCAUUCCAAUGGAAAAACAGGAACCAGGAAACUGUGCUGUGAUGGCCAAAUCUAACUUGGCGUUGCUGUUGUUGCUCUGCCGAGAUUAAGCUACUUACCCUGCACCAUUUGAUGUCACCAACAAAUGCGGAGAUAAACUUAGAAGAGAUUUAACAUAAUUGAGGAAAAAACAUCUUAAAUGUGUGAAAUAUCUAUAAAAAAUAAAUUCUACCAACGUCUGACAGAGGAACCCAUAGAUCUGUUUGUUUAAAUAAGCUUCAAGUAACAUUCCUGUUUGAUAAAUUAUUCACCAAAUUGUUAUCCUCUGCUUUUCAAAAUACAAAGCACUUUAAAACAAAAAGAUGACCAUGCUUUGCAUGGCUUAGUCUACCAACAUGAAGUUGGUACUCAGUGAAGAUGUACUCUGUACCAAAGCGAACCAUUCUCAUUUUCUGUUAUCUAGAUUAAGGACUGAUGUGAACAUCUAUUCUAAUUGACUUGAAAUAUGUUUGUGAAAGUAUAGCCUCAUUUGGAGUAGAUAGCAUAGUCGGGGGUUCUCAUGUCUAAACCCACCAAAGCCUUAGUAAUAUACUGUAGAUCAUAAUAGAUAUACUGUGUUCUACUCUAUGUGUCCAUUCUAAAAAACAGAAUUGUUAUCAGAUGGCUAAUGCUGUGAUGGAAUGAUACAUAACCUUGCAUAAUUUAAGUUUCCUUCUCAGUACUACUUCUGUGGUUUGAUAUAAAUCUACAUGUGUUAAUUUUUUUUAACCCUAUUGGUUUUUUUUUUUCUUUUCAUUAAAGGUAAAAUAAACUAAUGAUUAGACAUCUGA